CAGACCACCUAUUUACAGGAAAAGCUAUGACGAACUCAUCAAGACCGAUAGGUUAGACAAUUAUUUUGGAACGGCGUAGAGCAUUUGAUCACCAGUGGAUUCAACAUCAAAUCUAUACAGGUCAAAGGACAUAAAUGAUUCAGUUUUGAUUCACUUUAGCGAACCGUAAUUCAUAAUGGAUAUUUCAAAGCAACUGCUUCGUUUACUUUUAGUGAUGUCUGUACAGUUAAGACUAGGAUCAGCAACUUUCACUUAUCCAAUACGUUACAUGGAUGUGUUUUGCUCAACAAACGAGCCAGUUCUGUACAUAGUCCACGAGGCCGGAGGGGGCAUUUUGCGACUAACUGCAAAUGACGCAUACCCACCCGAUGUCAGGUGUCAACUCACACUCCAAGCAGACAAUGGGAGCCAUGUGUCAAUAAGUAUGAAUAAAUUUGAUGUAGGGGAUAAAAUCAUCGUUGGGACGCAUGGCUUAUUCUGUUCAGACAGACUUGAAAUAUAUGAUGGCAAAGACGAAAAGGCGCCAGUCCUUUCGGGAGAAACUGGAUUGUGUGGGACAGCAGCAAAAGAUGGCGCUACCUACUCAUCAACUGGUCCCGCUUUGACUCUUAUUUUCGUGAGUGAGGUGAUGCGUGACAUCGUAGACCACAUACACUCGGGUUUUGAGCUGACCUACACAACCUUCCACAGACAACCUUGUGGUCAAGGAGAAUUCAAAUGUAUAAAUGGGGAUUGCAUCAGUUCGAAGUUAAAAUGUGACGCACUAUUCAACUGUAGGGACCUAAGUGAUGAAACGUCGUUCGCCCAAUGUCGGGGUGGUGGAUUGAGUGCGGUCGCCAUAGUUGGGAUUGUGUUCGCAGUUUUACUGCCGAUAAUUCUGGUUUUGUUUUUACUCGGUGUGUGCUGGGAGAGAAAAGUAACGGACGAAACCAUACAGACAUACACAAAUCCGGCAUACAAGGUAGAGCGGGCUUAUGACUCAUACUCUCUGGAUAGACCAAGAAGGCGUAAGAUGGGAAUAACCAACGCAGCUUACGUCAUCAGUGCACUUGACCUAAACGUCACUGCCGAACAACGUUACUCGGUGGCGUCGUGUGGCUCUGGCGAAUUGUCAACAUUUGACAGGACCUUCUCAGGGUCUGAAAUAAAUCGUUCAAAAAGUUUACGUGAUCCAUCAGACAAAAUGAACCUAUCAACCAUGGAAUUAGGUCUUGGAUUAAGGCAGCGACCUGACUAUUUAUUUGCUAUGGUAAAACCCUACACAUUCGACGACGAUUCGUUAAAUGAUUACAUCGAAAAACAGAAAGCACGUACUAGAACACAAGACCAAACUAUGUCAGUUCGCAAUAAUGUAAUAGAACAGAAAGAUCCGUCAACAAGGAUGCUCAACCAACACCAUCGUUAUAUAUCAGGCUUCACAGAGGCGAACCUUGCUGGAGUGGAACGCAAAGUAAACGCUUCCUUACCAAAUCUUCACAAUGUUAACAGUGCUGAGGCCGAACGCAAACAAUAUUCUGCGGACUUCUCUUCUCUUAAAAGAGGCGAACCACAACAUGGUUCUUCUCCAGUUAUAAAGUGUGAAGAUGAACAACUAACAUUGGUCAUGGAAAAUAACUAUCAUACAAAUGCCUGUGGAACAAAUCAUUUCCGUCGCUUUUCCAAGCGACAGUCUAUUUGA